AUGUGCGCGCAGCUGGCGCUGCCGCCGUGCCCCGCGUACCCCGGCGGCGCUGCCCGGCGCUGCCCGGAGCCCCGCUGGGGCGCGGCGGGGCCGGCGGCGCCCGCGGCGGCCAGGCUCUCUCCGGAGGCGGCGGGGAGCGGGCACACCGCAGAAGUAUCCCCAGCUUCAUCCAGUUCUGGGAAUUUCAGCCAAUUCACACCAGAUUCAGCCACCAGUCCACAUUCCUCAUCCACGUCCCCACAGCCUACAGCUAAGUCUCAGAAGGGCAGAGAAUAUGGCGUGGAGGGGAUCAGGAAGACCAAGAGCCGGACAGCUUUCUCCAAGGAGCAGCUGCUAACCCUGCACCAGCGCUUCCAGAGCCAGAAGUACCUCAGCCCCCAGCAGAUCCGGGAGCUGGCUGUUGCCCUGGGGCUCACCUACAAGCAGGUGAAGACUUGGUUCCAGAACCGGAGGAUGAAGCUGAAAAGGUGCCAGAAGCAGAGCCUGUGGAGCGAACGGGCUCAGUGUCUCACACAAAGUGGCUUCCAGAGCAGUACCUACCUGGAUGUGCACCCCAAAUUCCACCAGGGCUACCCCAUCACCACAGCUGGCAACAUCCAAACCGUGCCUGCUCCCUGUCAGCACUAUGGAGCAGGGCAGAACGCAUACACAAUCGUGACCAGCGAGGAUGGAGGAGUCUUUGGCAAAGGCGGGGGGACCUGCAGUGUCCAGCAGACAGUGGGCUUCAUUGCCCAGCACAAAGUAGACUUUUACCACAGCUAUCCUGGCAGUGUGGAAUAUCCAGGCUCAAAGACAGGUGAUGGCUGUAAUUUUCACCACUCAGCCACUAUGGGGGCUCCUUUCCCAACUGCUGCCAGCCAUCAUCUUUAUCAUUCCUAAGCACUGUGGAUGUGGGGUACUUGGGCAGCCAGGAAUCAAAUCUUAUUCUCAUCUCUCCCUUUGU